AUGUCUCAACCAUCCGGAAAAGAGACGGCCAAAGUGGCCCUAAAUCAUUUCUUUGGGACAAACCCCACAGACGCAGAGGUCCAAGCCUGCGUUGCUUUUCUUGCGGCGAGCGACAUUUCGACCGAAGCCCAAGGACCGGAAGACCACACCAACAUCCACGAGCUCAUACAGCGAAUCGCCCUCGCCAGGAAGGCACAAGAAAAAAUCACCAACGCGAAGGGGAAUAACCCUGCCGCAACCAAACAGUCACUAGAGCUCAAUCUAGCACAUCUGUCGUACUUUCUAUGCGCGGAGAAAGAGAGCCUUAAGAAGAUCGUCAAUGAAACACCAAACCACCUCGACGCGCGUUUACGAACUAUCGAGCCUUUCGUCAAAAUGAUGCUCCAGAAAGAUUUCCGUCUCCCCUUCCCCAUCAACAUAGGCCCCGGCAGUGGUGCAGCGGAUACCACGUACCAGCCAAAAGCCAAACGCGUCAAAGUCGGGAACGCAAUCGAUAGAAAUCAGGCCACGGCAAAUGAGGCACGACAACGCGAUCAACGUUGCAUUGCGACUGGCUGCCCUGUCUUCGAAGCUUGCCACAUCAUGCCGUUCUCAGUCAACAACACAUCGGCCAAGCUAGAAACUGCACGCGAAAUCUUGACCGAUAUUGUCAUGCCAAUGCUGUCUACCGAUGACUGGGAAAUAGUUCAAAAGCUGGUGGUUCCAGGUAGUCCAGGCAGCGGGGAAGUCGGUAUCUCGGAUGAGCCCUGUAAUAUCUUAUGUUUGAACCCCCUCGCACACAAAAUUUUCGAUAAGGCAUACUUUGCCUUUGAGUGGGUUGGUCUCAGCAAUAAAAGAGAGCUCGAUGACGAGACCUACAGAACUGUACGACUCCGCUGGCACUGGCUUCCAAAAUGUGUUGCUGACUCCCUGGGCCAAACGUAUCUUCACGAGAGGACUUCGCGUAAAGGCGACACCGGGAGACUUUUGAAGUUUGGUGAUGGAUCAGACCAUGGUAUGGCCGCUGCCAUUCAUCGUCACCUCACCAACACCACCAACACAAGCAUGAUCAGCUCCCAUGGCGUGUCUCUGCACCGCAUGGAGAACCACAGGCCAUUGGUGACUGGAACAAUCCUCCUGAUCAAGGUCAAGGAGGCUGACUUGGACAAGACGAGGCUACUGAUACAGAUUCAAUGGCUUGCUCUCAGAAUGGCGGCCAUAUCUGGGGCUGCGGAGGUGGUGGACGAACUUGAUUCCGAGCCUCCAGGGUCUCUCGACGAGCUGCCAACAUCCCGCAGAGCAAUGCUACAGGCUGAAACUGAUGAGCUUUACGAUGUCGUUCUGCCGGAGCGCAGACAGAUGUUCGCCGCACAACGCGCCCCGGAGUCUCCCGAUACCGAAGAGGCCGGCCCAGCCCCUAAAGCUGAUGCUGAGGCUGAGUCAAUGGCUGCCAGGAGCCCUACACGACGUGAUGAUCCCCCGAGAGAUGACGCCGAGGGACUAGAGGAUCCGUAG